CUGAAACUGCGACAGCUGCUCUUCAUGGCAACCAGGACUCCUGAGGAAAUCCUCCGGGAUGAAGCCUGCUGCUCUGUCUGCCUGGAAAUAUUCCAGGACCCUGUGUCCAUCCACUGCGGGCACAGCUUUUGCCGGUCGUGCAUCACUGGGAUCUGGGAAGGACUGACCACCAACUUCUCCUGCCCCCAGUGCAGGGAGACAGUGUCCCAGAAGAGCCUCCGCCCCAACUGGGAGUUGGCCAACAUGAUUGAAGCAGCCAAGAGAUUGAACAUGCAACGGGACAGAGUGGUGGAAGGAGGGGAGAACUUGUGCGAGGAGCACCAGGAACCCCUGAAACUCUUCUGCCAAGAUGACAAAAUGCUUAUCUGCAUGGUGUGUGACAAGUCCAAGGCUCACCGUAACCAUUCUGUGGUUCCCGUGGGUGAGGCUGCCCAGGAGUACAAGAAACAAAUUCAGACCCAACUGCACCUUCUGAAAUCAGAGCAAGAGGAGCUUCAAUCCUCCAUGAAGGACAGGCAAGACAGAAUCAAGGACCACACUGAGAGGACAGAAGCUGCAAAGCAGGAGAUUGUGAGGACAUAUAGGAAGUUGCACGAGCUCCUGGAGAAGGAGGAGUCCUCUUUUCUGGCCCAGCUGGAGCAGCUGGACAAAGAGAUGGUGAACGCACAUGAAGAAAUCUACCAGAAGCUUUCGGAUGAGACGAUGAGCCUGGGCACACUGAUUGGGGAGAUGGAGAAGACAUACCAGCAGCCAGACUUGGAGCUCCUGAAGGACAUUGGAACCACCUUGAGCAGGGGCCAGAGGGAAACGCUCUCCCUCUCACUUGAUAUUUCCCCGGAGCUGGAAAAGAAAUUCUCUGAUUUCACAGAGAAAACUGCAGCCAUCAAGGAGGCUCUGGAGAAAUUCCAAGACUUCCUGGCGUUGGAACUUCCCUUGACAACACAGAUGACACUGGACCCGGAGACGGCCAACGCCAUGCUUUAUCUCUCAGAAGACUGCAAGCUAGUGUGGUUGGGAAGUCAUGAGCAGGACCUGCCCUCCAACCCAGAGAGGUUCAAAGUCAAUCCCUGUGUGCUGGGCUCGAGGGGCUUCACAUCGGGGUGGCACCGCUGGGAUGUGGAGAUCUGUAGAGACGGUGUGUGGGCCACCGGGGUGUUCAAGGAGUCGGUUCCAAGGAAGCGUUUUUUGCCCAUUGGUCCUGAAGACAACGUAUGUGCUGUGUGUCAUAACCGAGAUGGGUACAAGAGUCUGAUCUUUCCUACUGCCACCCCCUUGACUCUACGCAGUGUCCCCAAGCGGAUAAGAAUCUGCUUGGACUGUGAGAAAGGGAGGGUGGUGUUUUUUGAUGCCCUGAGCAAAGAAAGGAUCUUUGAUUUUUCGCAGGCAUCUUUCCAAGGGGAGAGAGUCUUCCCCUGGUUCCUGGUGAAGGCAGAUGCUCAACUCAAACUUCUUCCCUAAGGCACAGGACAAAAAAAACCCAAACCUAAACCCAAAGCCAUCAACUUACCCUUGGAAUAGAAACCAGGGACUGGGUUUUGUCCCAGUUCCACCAAAGGGACAGGAAAGGGGAGUGGUGUUCACGUUCCUUUCCUUUAGUGCAAAAUCCGAGCAUUUCUGUGCCUUAAGUAAUAUUUUGAUCCUUUAAUUGCUAA